UCGCAAACGGGCCGUCGCCGCAAUGAUGGACACCCAGCACCAGACCGCAACUGUUCAGCCAGAGCACCGGGUGGAAACGGACCACACGGACAUGAUCUACGACAUCAAGAUCGACUACCAUGGUCACCGUGUUGCCACGUGCUCGUCGGACCGCACGGUACGCAUCUACGAGGCGAAACAGGUCGCAACACCCAACAAACUCGUUGCCGUGGUGGACGUGCCAUGCGACGGACCCGUGUGGCGAUUAGCGUGGUCGCACCCAAAGUUUAACGUUUUGGCAGCGUCAACCCAAUGUGGAAAGGUUGCAUUUUACCGCAACAAAGCGCCUGCCGGUGCCCCCGAGGCGUGGGGACUCUUGGACGUUCAUCAGACCCGUCCGUCGAGUAUCAACGCAAUCGAGUUCGCCCCGCACGAGUAUGGUCUUGUCCUUGCUGCAGCUGCCGCCGACGGCACGGUGUCUAUCAUCACAAUGACGCAAGCAGGAUGGGUCACAACGUCGUCGUUCCAGGACAACAGCACCGGGUGCUUGAGCGUCAGUUGGGCGCCGUUCAACUCGCUGGGCGGACAAGGCGUGCGUCGUGUCGUGGUUGGGGGCUGCGAUUCCAACGUCAAGAUCUGGACCUUGCCCGAGAACUCGUCAACUUGGCACCAGACAGAAUCGCUUCCGACCGGCCAUACCGACUGGGUUCGCGACGUUGCGUGGGCACCAAACGCGGGCAUGCCGUGCAACGUGAUCGCGAGUGGCGGGGAUGACCGCCGCGUGCUGGUUUGGUCGCAGAUCGACGCGGGCGGCCCGUGGACAGUGGAGCAGGUGGGGGCAUCGUUCCGUGCCCCCGUGUAUCGACUUGCCUGGUCGGUUGCAGGCCAAGUGUUGAGUGUAUCGUCCGGCGAAGACAGCGUGACACUGUGGAAGCAAACGCAGUCCGUCCAUCGAACGUGGCGAUGGACGCAAGUGACGGCGAUUACAGAUACGGGGGCCGUCCCGCAGGCAACGCAAUCGUAGCAGUCCGUGUCGCUCGGACGCGUGAACCCAACCACAUGUGCAAAACCCGCCAUUUCUUUUAUUCC